CAACACUUCACUCUUAUGGACUCUCCUUAUCACUUAUCAGACAUCAAUGUGAAUAUCACCUUGUACAACUACUCCAACGACCCUAUUUACGAUUAUGGACGGUAUCCCUGCCUUAGCGGCGACAACUUUACGUUCUCCUGGACGACUAUGGGGCAAUGUCGAGAAAUAAUAACUGCACCACUUUUUAAUGGGGUCUAUUUGAGUUGGAGCACGACCGAACUGGAAUGCUUUACUUCAAGCACCGGUCUUUCAAGAAGUGCCAAGUAUGGUAUAGCCCUAGGUGUGGGAAUAGCUGGAUUAUUGUGCUUAAUUUGGCUCACAUAUUACGAAUAUAAAGGAGUUACGGUUGACAGCGAGAGACCCCAACCCAACUCACAACUUUCUACCUCAACUGUCACACAUCAGACAACCAUUGUAAUGGGCCUCGAUAGGGCCACAAUAGAAUCAUACCCAUAAACUUUGCUUGGUACGAGUCCAGAAUUACCCAAUUCUAACGAUAACA